AAUAUUUAGAACCUCAUGGCUGCCUGGCAGACGAUCAAAGUCGGUCAAAAUUUAAGUGAAUAAUGCUAUAAAGUAGAAGCACUUGUAAAAAAUGAGUAAUAUAUACAUCCAGGAACCACCCACCAAUGGAAAGGUUCUAUUGGUGACCACUGUUGGAGACAUAGACAUUGAGCUAUGGUCUAGAGAAUGUCCAAAAACAUGCAGGAAUUUUAUACAGCUGUGCAUGGAAGGCUACUAUGAUGGAACUAUAUUUCACAGAGUGGUCCCAGGCUUUAUUGUCCAAGGCGGGGACCCUACUGGAACAGGAGAAGGAGGGGAGUCUGUAUAUGGGAAACCCUUCAAGGAUGAGUUUCAUCAGAGACUCCAGUUCAAAAGACGUGGCUUGGUGGCCAUGGCCAAUGCAGGGAAAAAUGACAAUGGGAGUCAGUUCUUUUUUACUUUGGAAGCAACACCAGAGUUGCACAAUAAACAUACUAUCUUUGGAAAGGUAGCAGGCAACACUAUAUACAACAUGCUUAAGUUGGCAGAAACAGAAACUGAUCAAAAUGAAAGACCUUUAUAUCCACAUAAAAUUUUAAAAACAGAGAUCCUUUCCAAUCCUUAUGAUGAUAUUUUGCCAAGAUCACUACCAAAGAGGGCGAAAAAGGAGGAAGAAAAAGAUGUCCAGAAAAAGAAAAGCAAAUCAAAAGCUACUAAGAAUUUCAAGUUACUUUCAUUUGGUGAAGAGGCCGAGGAAGAUGAGCAAGAAGUAGAAAUGGCAUCUAAGGAAAUCAAGAGUAAAAGUAAAAGCAUGCAUGACUUUGAUGACCCUACCCUCAGUGCAGUAACAGUGAUAGACAAGGAGGAAGACUCGAGUUCAGGCAAGAGGAAAAGCAUAUCAGAUGAUGAAAGCAAUAGUAAUACUGAAACUGAUAAAGAGCAUGGAUCAAAGGACAAAAUAAUGAAGAAGUUAAAAAAAGAAACCAAAGUUGAAAUAGAGCACCAAGAAGAACCAGAAGUGGAGAAGAAAACAUCUAGAAGUGAAGAGCUCAGAAAGGAAGUGCGAGAAUUGAAGAAACAACUUCUUGAAGCAAAGCAGAGGAAAGAAAAAGAGUCACAUCCAAAUAAUAAAGAUGAAAAUACAGAUAAGAAAGCAGAAGAUCCUGCUUUGGUAGAAUUCAAACAAGAGAGACAGAAAUAUAAAGAAAGAAAGAAAACUCAACCUAAAAAGGGAGCUGGAAGAGAGGAACAGACUCUUGCCUUAUUGGCUAAAUUCCAAAAUAAACUCCAUGAAGCUAUAUCAAUGGACAAAACAAAAAGUAAAUCAAGUAUUGAAGGAGAAGAAGAAGAAGAUGAUGAUAAUGAUGACAGUGACAUCUCCUGGCUAGGUCACAAGUUGGAGUUUGAGGACAAAUCUGGGAAAGUACUAGAUGCAAAUGUAGACGAUUCUGAACGCUAUGAAAUCUUUGAUCCAAGAAAUCCUAUGAACAAGAGGAGAAGGGAAGCCAGUAAACAGAAUAUGAAAGGAAAAUGAAACUUAACAAAGGUCUUUAUUCUGAAACAAGAUUCACAGCAUUCUACAUCAAUUCUUUUAUUCAGUGGCAGUCAAUGUUUUCCUCUCACACACUUGCUUGUUACGCUUGUUGUUUUGUCCGUUCAGUUAUCAUUCAGCUAUAAACAUAGGUCACACAGUGACUGUCAGUAAAAGAAGGGUAUUUUGUUUUUGAAUUAAAAUUAUAUAACAGGAGAGUUAGUAAGGACAGUUUUAUAGGUGGCAAAUGUGCCCUCUAUAUUCCGAAAGGUCCCUCUGGUAAAUGAAAAAGGUAAUGCAUAGAAAGUCCUGCAAACAUGUGAAGUUUAACUCGGAGCAAAGGAAUGGUCAUGUUUAUGAAGAUUAAGAUUUAAAUUUGAAGUUUCUACAUUUAACAUAUAAUUAUGAUAAUGUGAUUAUUCUUCCUUACCACAACUUGACACAUGUACCGAUUUUACAUUUAAAACUCCUCAGAUAAUACUGUAAUAUUCCCAUUUCACUAGUACUACGGGCAUCAAAUAAAAAAUCCUUAGUAUCUGCUUAAAGGCAUAAACAAUGGGAUGAAAAUAAAUUUUAUAGAAUUACAGAAAUUAGUAAGUCAUGUGUAUACUGUGAACAUGCAGUUGGCCUUAAUGUGUAGUAAAAGAACCAAGAGUAGACAUUAAAUUGUGUUAAUAAAACUUCAAAAGCUUU